CUCCCGGGGGAAGGGCAGCCACCCGGCCCUCCCAGGGCUCCGCGCCGAGCCCCUCCGAGGCCCCGCCUCCCGGGACCUUCCAGACCGCUCGGCGCUUCCGCGACGCAGCCCGAAGGGCGGGGGCCUCACAGGAGGGCGAGACUUAGGCAACCAGAGCACUGCCUGGCUCCAGUCACGGUCCCCCCUCUAUUUUCCUGCCUUGAACCCUGCGAUGCCAGCGUGUCAUAAAGGGCCGAGUAACCAAUGGCCGGUGACGGGACGGCGGAGAUGGGUCGCAGGCGCCGCGCAGGGUCUGGAUGACUCCGGGGCCACGGGCGCUUGCCGCCGCCCGCCCCUUCCGGCUCCUCCCUGUCGUGCUUAGGGCCCUCGUGCCGAGGUUCCGGAGCCUUCGCGUCGAGGACCAUGUUGCUUCCGAACAUCCUGCUCACGGGUACACCAGGGGUUGGAAAAACCACACUGGGCAAAGAACUUGCAGCAAGAUCGGGACUGAAAUACGUUAAUGUGGGUGAUUUAGCUCGAGAAGGACAGUUAUAUGAUGGCUAUGAUGAAGAGUAUGACUGUCCUAUUUUAGAUGAAGAUAGAGUAGUUGAUGAGUUAGAAAACCAAAUGAGUGAAGGUGGAGUUAUUGUUGAUUACCAUGGUUGUGAUUUCUUCCCUGAACGCUGGUUUCAUAUAGUUUUUGUGCUGAAAACAGAUAACAGUGUAUUGUACAAAAGACUUGAAACAAGGGGUUAUAAUGAGAAGAAACUAAAAGAUAAUGUUCAGUGUGAAAUUUUUCAAAUUCUUUAUGAAGAAGCAUUAGCAUCCUACAGCGAAGAAAUAGUGCAUCAGCUGCCCAGCAAUAAACCAGAAGAUCUAGAGGAUAAUAUCAAUCAGAUAUUGAAUUGGAUUGAGCAAUGGAUCAAAGAUCAUAGCUCUUGACUUACAAGACUGGCCACUUUAUAAUCACUCUUAAUAUUUCUCUGCCCACAUCAUGUAAAUUAUCCAUUUAUUAGGAAACCUUUUUAUUAAAAUUGUGCUGCAGGACUAGUAGGUGGAUAGUAUAAAGGUUUAUAUUUGGGUGUGUUUUUUUCCAUAAGAAAGUAUAAUGAAUAUAACUCUAUUAAAGAUUGAGAAUAAAAACUGUCAUUGUUUAAUGCUUUAAUUGCUAAAGAAUAAAUAAACCUGACCAAAUGUG